CCUCCUCCUCCUCCUCCUCCCGCUCCAACUCUCCGGAGUUUGUCAGCCGCCGCCGGCGCUAAGAAACCGUCUUUUCUCCGGAUUUAUCUCCUCCUUCGAAACCGAACCUCCACCGUCUCCGUGUUGGACUUUUACCGGACGCGACAUUCAUUCCCGGCAGCAGCUCACCGACCCGGACCGAGCCGGAGGAGGAACAGGGCGUCCCGUCGAAGCCACCAUGGAAGUUCCUGGUAUGCAGAGUUCUCAGAUCGAUCCAGAAGAGUUGUUCACCAAGUUGGAUCGGAUUGGAAAAGGUUCUUUUGGAGAGGUGUUUAAAGGCAUCGAUAAUCGCACCCAGAGCGUCGUGGCCAUAAAGACGAUCGACCUGGAAGAGGCCGAGGAUGAGAUCGAGGACAUCCAGCAGGAGAUCACGGUGCUCAGCCAGUGUGACAGUCCCUACAUCACCAAGUACUAUGGAUCCUACCUGAAGGGCAGCAAACUGUGGAUCAUCAUGGAGUAUCUUGGAGGAGGAUCAGCACUGGACUUGCUGCGAGCCGGUCCGUUCGACGAGUCUCAGAUCGCCACCAUGCUGAAGGAGAUCCUGAAGGGACUCGAUUAUCUGCACUCUGAGAAGAAGAUCCACCGAGACAUCAAAGCUGCCAACGUCCUGCUGUCGGAGCACGGUCAGGUCAAACUGGCCGACUUCGGAGUCGCCGGUCAGCUGACGGACACUCAGAUCAAGAGGGAAACCUUCGUGGGAACGCCGUUCUGGAUGGCGCCGGAGGUCAUCCAGCAGUCGGCCUACGACUCCAAGGCCGACAUUUGGUCUCUGGGCAUCACAGCCAUCGAACUCGCCAAAGGAGAACCUCCGAACUCCGACAUGCAUCCGAUGAGAGUCCUCUUCCACAUCCCCAAAUCUCCUCCUCCCACGCUGACCGGGGAUUUCUCCAAGAGCUUCAAGGAGUUCACCGAGGCCUGCCUCAACAAAGACCCCGCCUUUCGUCCGACAGCCAAAGAGCUCCUCAAACACAAGUUCAUCGUCAAACACUGCAAGAAGACGUCGUACCUGAGCGAGCUGAUCGACAGGUUCAGGAGGUGGAAGCAGGAAGGACACAGCGACAGCAGCUCCGACGACUCUGAAGGCGAGUCCAGCAACAAAGAGAACAGCGAGUCUCCAGAGUGGUCCUUCACCACCGUCAGGAAGAAGAAGCCGGACGGAAGGACCGCCCUCAACGGAGUGGGUCAGGAUCAGCUGAGUAAAUCUGCCAGUCUGACUACAGUCAUCUCUCCAGUCUUCACUGAGUUGAAACAGCAACACAAGGAGCACUCUGAGCAGCGAUUGGCCAUCGAGGAGUUGGAACGCAACAUCCGAUUGGCUGAAGAAGUGUGUCCAGGCAUCACGGACAGGAUGGUCAAACACAUCAUUGCCAGGUACCAGAAAUUUACAACAAACUGAAGGACGGUCAGUGGACAGACGAAGCAGAGACUGUGUCUCCGUACGGCUGCUGAACGACGGAAGGAGGAGAUUUGCUGUGCGAUGCCUCCUCGCUGUACACACAUCUCAACACACUACUAAUGUAAUAUAUACUCAAUAUUAUAUAGAAAUAUAUAUUCACUGCUGCUGGUUCAAGACCUUUUUCUUCAUCGGAACUUUUGAGAAAACAAUCUGAGUUGUGCUUUUUUAGGUUGUGAACUUCUCUCCCUUUCCUGUUUUAAUGAUUCUUUUUGAGCUUGAAUGUGUUGAACUAAAGCAGACCAACGUUCCAGACUGACCUCAGCCUGUCAGGACCAUUAUGUGCCUUAAUUCCUUUUGCUAUCAGUGAUUUUCUACCAGAAGGCGUUGCUGUUUUUCAUAGAGAUUUUUGUGGGAGAAGCGUAAAUCCAGAGGAGGUUCUCGUCCAUCAGCAGUGGUUUGUUUUGAGUCUGUAGAUGUUCUAUGUUUGUUCAGUAGCACUUGAGAUGGAUUAUAUGCCAAUAUUACAGUUGUUGUCUUCAGUAAUGCCUUUAGAUUUCAGUUCCCUGUUUGCAGAAUUCAGUCAACAUCAGCUUUACCCCUCAACGUCAUGAGAGAAGGGGUUGAACUUUGUAAUUCUGACUUUGUAGCCGUGGAGAUUCCUUAUCUUUCCUCAGAUACGUGCAGCAACCUUCAACAUUCAACUAAAAAUAAUUUAAAAAAAAUAAAUUGUACAAACCUAAGAAUUACUGAAACUAUUUCAUGUCCAGUGACAACUAAUUAACUUUAAGGAAAACACCAGUAAUUGCCAUCAUUUCUAGAAGCUAACAGACCUUAGCUGGGCUAGGCAGCUACUAGCUUUCUAACCAGUGUGCUAGCUAGCUAUCGUCGUAGCCACCCAAUGUCAUUAGCAAAGUUUAAGGUUGCAAGUAAGGAAAACAUGUACAAUAUUUGUUAUUACUUGAAUUAUUCAAACAGAAAACUUUCUGAGAUAAAGUCCCCAGACCAUACCUAGGCUAGCCAGCUGUUAGCUUGCUAACCAGUGAGCUAGUUAGCUAUUGUUGGAUUCACCCAAAGUAAUAAGUAAAAUUUACAUUUGCAUUUUUUAACAAAUUUACAAUCCUUGAUAACAAAAUGACACUCUGCAGCACCUUAGCUUAGCAUAAAGACUGGACACUUGUCAGGCUAUUUAGCUAUUAGCUUGCUAGCUAGAAAACAAGCUUACUAUUGCUGUUGCUACCCAAAGAAAAUUAUAAGUGGAAGUUCGCAAAUUAGGACUAAUUUACAAUCUUCAUUAUUAAAUUACACUCAGCAGCAUGUUAGCGUAGCUUAGCAUGCCGACUGGAAGCAGCGUCUUCAGGGUCGUUGCAGGUUUAAAAUGUAAUAAUCAAAAAUUCCAGAUUAGUAGGACCAGUAUAAUAUUAUGACAACAAACUUUCACGUUUCCUGGACUAAAGUACCUCAACCGUACCUGUGCUAGCCAGCUAGUAGCUUGCUAACCAGUAAGCUAACUAGCUAUUGUUAUAGCCUAAACCAAAAAUGGGAGAAAUCUUGACUUUGGUUUUGGUCUUCUAAUUAUUUUACUGUUGGCGAGGAUUUCUGGGAUUUUCUGCUCCAGUUUGGGGGUAUAUUAAGAUCUCACUGAUGGAAAGAGCUGCGAGUAAAACUCAAACGUCUUUUUCAAAACACGUCAAGUUUGGGAACACAUUAAGAACUGCUUCAGAAAUUUCUUAACGUGAUGCUUGAUGUGUUCGGACAGUGGUUUUUAUGACCCAGAUGAGGGAGCUGUAAUCAGAGGUAUUACUGACAGUUUGUACCAAAGACACUAUAAAACUUGGUCACUGUAUAGUUUUGUCUUUUUAUAUAUCAUAAGGGAUACGACAACGCUUGUUGAGGGGGGAAAUGUAAAAAUUAAAGAUGUAAGAUUUUACAGUAACAUACUCUUUUUGUAGCGGGACUUAGAGUUUUAUGAAUAAAUAUUUAAGUUUGA